UCAACCAGAUGGGAACAAAUAAGGAAGUAAAUUGGAACCCCACAUAAUUAUAUUUACACUUUGCGAUAUUUGAUGAAUCAUGGCCAGUAGAAGCAGAACAUGUUCGACGACUAGUGAUUUGGAGGGAACAAAUUGUGGGGAUUAUAUGAUUCACAAAUUCAUUGGUAAAGGCACGUUUGGACAAGUGUAUGUCGCAACUAAUACAAAAGCCAAGCUAAGAGGGGGAGAAACAUUUACCCCAACUAGCUUAGCCAUUAAACUUAUCAACCUUGUCGCAGCAAAUGUCAAUGCAACACAAAAGAGAUGGUUAGAUAGAGAAAUAAACAUACUGAACGACCCUGAUCUGAAGAAACAUCCUAACAUUGUCAGAUAUGUGGAAUAUUUCACACAUGAUAAUUUCCUCUGUAUUGUUAUGGACUACUACGAAGGAGGAAGUCUCUAUGCUUACAUAAGGAAAAGGAAAUCAAUUCAUGAAUCCACCUUUAUGGAGUAUUUAGACCAACUAUCGAAUGGACUAGAGUUCCUUCACAGUAAGAGCAUACUACACCGCGACAUUAAAACGAAAAAUGUACUCUUGACAGCUCACAACGACCUCAAAUUAGCAGAUUUUGGAGUUGCAAGAAAAAUAGAAGAAAUCGAUUUGAAACUGACAAAAGUAGUUGGAACACCAAAUUGUAUGAGCCCCGAGGUUUUAAAUAGAGAAACAUACGAUUUUAAGACUGACGUUUGGAGUCUUGGUUGUGUGUGCUUUGAAAUGGGUUGUGGAGAAUAUGCUUUUCCUGGCUCAAGUGUAAGCGCCAUUAAGAAAAAAGUAACUUCUAAACAGUUGCCUGAUUUUGACCGGCUUCAGUAUAGCGAUCCAAUCAAACACAUGAUACGGAAGAUGUUAGAAUUUAAACCAGCCGACAGACCAUCAGCAGCUGACGUUAAAACAUUUGUCACAGAGCAAAAACCGAAGACCAAUUUUAAUGUUUCUAACAUUUCACAACAAAUGACCAAGUCAUCCUUACAUGAUUCUGGAAUAGUAACAUCAGAAAGACGAAGAAGUCAAAGAACAUCUGAAAGCUGCGAAGAAAGCGCAGUUUCAGCUUUAGGCAGUACAGUAUCAGAAAAUACGGGAUUGCAGAGACAGUCGGCCAAUAUGCAGGCGAAAAUAGUAAAAAUGAUUGGAGACCACAAAGCUACGAAAAAGUUGGAGAGAAUUAUGAGGUUUUUCAACAAAAAUCCAACUGAUUAUCCAGGACUUGAGGCGAAAGUUAAGGAUGUCGUUGGAGACGGUUUACACAAUAAGAUCUUACCGUUUGUGUUGGCCUUGAAAGGAAUGGAAGAAGGUAUAAAGAGAAUACCAGGUCAAGCAGGACAAGACGAAGAUGACACAUUUUCGACAGCUCAUGAGUCAGCUGAUAAUACUUAAUAAUGUGUCUCAAAUGAUUGAAUGGUUUUUGUUUCUAACUCGGAAAUAAUUAUGUUCUAAGUACGAAAUAUUGAGUCGAAUUUGUUGUAUUUAUAUGUAACAGAUAUUAUGUUUAAUAUAGGGACUGUAUUAUUGUUGACUCAUUCGAGCAAAAAAUGUUAGCCAAAAAUGAAGCAAGCGAUGAUUUGACGUCAUUUUUGUGUAGGAUUCAUCGAUUUUUUUUCUGUCGUUUUAUAACUAUUGAAAAACAUAACUGAAAGUUUCUCAUCCGAUAUUUUACUUUUUAGCAUCCGAAGUUUAUUUAUAAGAUUCUGACUUUUCACAUUAUGCAGCUAACUUGCAUUCGUGAAUAAAAGUCUCAAGAAAGAAUUUUGACACUUGAUCUUUUUAUAAGUUGAGGCAUUUUCAACAAUCUAGUGACAUUGUGAUUCUAUUUUUUUUUAUAUAGAAAACAUAUUUAUCAUAGUUUCAUAUUACUAUUUUUAUUAUCGGCAUACUCAUAAUAGUUAUUUCUGGUGCUACACAUAAUAUGUAUCCGUCCAUGACAAGAAACGGUAUUGUGCUUUGUUCCUUUUAAUAUAUUUAGUAUGGUCCGUAAGAAUUGAACCAAUAUUUCAUUUGCAUCUUCAUUGCAGUUGUCCCUUCUGGCAACAUCAUUCCUUCUUCUAAAAUGUCGGUCUUGUAAGGGAAGGACCAUUUAACUUCGAGUAAUUGUAUUGUUUUGGAUACUUUCAGAAAAUUUAUUCCAUGGGACCCAAGCCCUAAAUUAUUUAUUUCACUCUCACGCACAGCACGAAUUUUUUUUCCAGCUUUAACAUCAAACUUAAUGGCAAAAUCUCCCAAUCAAGAAAUUUUAUUUUUUCCUACUGCUAAACAAAAUAUUUGUUGCUCCAAAGUUGGGAAUCAGAUUAUUUUAUUAGGAAAACACCAUACCCCUUCCUUUCCCAAACAGGAACAGCCUUAAUUCAGUUCGGUUAUGCUGUAGCCAGUGCUAUUAUAUAUAAAAAAAAAAUGAAGACAGUCUGGGGGCUGAGCGAGGAUUGCCACAUUACAGUCUAUGAACUUUAUUGUUAUACUUUUGUGGUGUGAAAAUAUUUAAUUAGUUCACCUUCAAUCGGCAAUCUCGGCUGAUUUCUCUUCCCUACAACAAGUUUAGAUUGUUAGAUCUGCCGAGGCAUGCCGAUUGAGUUCAUAAAACAUAUACUAGGUUAAAAGAUCAUUUGCUACAAUUAAGUAGCUCGGGCGAACCGUCUUUCUUAAAACAUUGUGUAAAAUGGGCAUUUUUGUCAUUUAUGUCAAUUACAGUGCAUGUUCAUAAUAAUAUUGACGUAUUGUAUACUAUACCUUGGACUAUAUAUACUAAUAUAAUAGUCCCAGACUAUACAAAUCCUUGUUUUAAACUUUUAUGUGUCCAAAACAUUUUGUAUCCUAUUUAUUGACCAGUAAAUGUUUUAUAAUUUGAACAAUUUUAAAGAAACAUAUUGUUAUUUUAGAAUCCAAAUAACUGUUUUUAUUAAAUGGUCUUUUCGACAGGCAUUUGGGGGUACGGACCCCCUUUUUUGUAUUUUGUGUGCGUGUGUUUUUUUUUUAUCAAAUUUUCUUUAAUGUUUCAACUCAUUUUAGAUUCAGAUUCUUUUUACCUGAUCUUAUGUAUACAAUCUUACAAUAACUUUUAGCUUAUACCUACUCAGUGUCCCUCUACUCAUAAAGUAGUGCAACAAAUAUACACACUACAGUUAUUGCAAAUUCAGAGGUAUAAUAUAUCAUUAGCAAUAUAUACUUGGAUUCUAUCAUACCAACCCGUAGAUAACGAUAUGUAUCAACUCGAGAGAUUUAAAUUCUUUUAACAAUUAUUUAGCCACCAAAUUUGACAAAAUUGUGUAACCUAAUGUCUUCACUUCAGUUUUGAUCUUCCAUUAACUAUCAGGAAGUUUAUUUUAUUUAUUUUUUUAAAUAUCCACACAUUGCCAAGCAAAUGUAACCGUAUUAAGGUCUACAGUUCUGUAGUCAUUUGUUUUAUGUAACUGUUCACAUUGAGUAAUGAAGUAAUGAUAUUGACUAGCUGUGCAUAGAUUUGUAACCCUCCUGUCUCAUUUUUUGUUGUUGUGUAGUAGUUAUAUUGUAAUAGCAAAUGUUUAACAGUACCGUUUUUCCAGUUUCCACGGGUGUACUUAAUAUUAUUUUAUCAUUUUCUUUUACAUAAAUAUAAAUUUUUAAAAGAUAA